AUGCCUGAUCCAAAGCCUUCAGGCGAUGAGUUUGUUGACGCUAAACCAAUGAUUGUCAACUCGCUCAAGACACCUCAUUUCAACCCGAAGCAAGUGAGUUUAUGGUUCGCGCAGCUCGAAGCUCAGUUUGCGAUCCACGGCAUAGCAACUGAGAGAGAGAAAUUCAACCACGCGGUUUCUCUCAUCGACAACGAGUAUGCAUGUGAGGUUGAGACCCUCAUUAUCAACCCGCCAACGACGACGCCAUACGCCGAGUUGAAAGCCACGCUCAUUACGUGUUACUCAAAGUCGGAAGAAGCUAAACUGCGUCAGCUUCUAGAUGGCGACGCGAUCGGUGACCGAUCACCAUUACAGUUUCUCCGCCAUCUCAAAUCGCUCGCGCCGACCAUUGAUGACGCAGUCUUGAAGGCGAGAUGGCUGACAAACUUGCCCAAGAAGACACAAGAGCUUCUAGCCAUCUCUCCAACCACAGCUACCAUCGACCAAUUAGCAAAAACAGCUGACAAAGUUACACGAGAUGUUUCCAGUUACUCACACCGCAGCUUUAGCUUCAUCAUCAUCUUCGCAAAAGACGAUUGCACUGCAGAAACAAGUAAGCGAACUAUCAGGUAG